GGACAGGACUGAAGUGAGCACUGAAGUCUAAAAAAGUAAAAAUGUCUGCUUGAUCUCAAAUCUCAAAAUUUUCUCUUUUUAACUGUUAGAAGUGUCUACGUUUCAAACAAAGGUCCUUACUUUCUUCUUCGUGUUGUGAUUUCAAAGAUUAGAUCUUCCAGUUGAAGUUUACAGUCAAAUGGCGAUCAUAACAGAAGAGGUAGAGCCAGAAUCACCCAAAACCAGAGAAAACGAAAAAAACCCCAAAAAACCAACUUUAAAUCCAAACUCUAAACCUUCAAAACCCACUUCAGAUCCUAACCCAAACUCCCAAACUCAAAACCCUUUUGCCUUCUGGUUCUAUUUUACUCUCAGUAUUUCUCUCAUCACUUUCCUCUUCGUCUCUUUUUCCUCUUUGUCCGCACAAGACCCAAAAUCCUGGUUCCUUUCUUUGCCUAAUUCCCUACGCCAACACUAUUCAAAUGGUAGGAUCAUCAAGGUCCAAAUAACCCCAAACCAAUCACCAAUUGAAGUUUUUGUUUCUGAAAAUGGUAAGCUGUCUUCAUCUGAGAAUGUUAUGGUUGUUCAUGGCUUGGGUUUGAGCUCUUAUUCUUAUAGUGAAAUCAUAAGACUUUUAGGCUCAAAAGGUGUUCAUGUUAUAGCCCUUGAUUUGCCUGGAAAUGGGUUUUCAGAUAAAUCAAGGGUAGAGAUUGAAGAAGGAACAAAUGGGGUUUUAGGUAGGUUUAAGGAAGUUUAUAGUUUGAUUCAAGAAAAGGGUAUCUUUUGGGCUUUUGAUCUAAUGGUUGAAACUGGUGAACUCCCUUAUGAAGAGAUAAAGUCUAGAGUUUUGGUUAAAAAGAGUCUUAAGGUUAUUGAGUUGGGAAGUGAAGAUAUGGGAAGGGUGUUGGGGCAGGUUAUAGAAACAAUGGGAUUAGCUCCUGUGCAUUUAGUUUUACAUGAUUCUGCUUUUGUUAUGGCUGCAAAUUGGAUUUCUGAGAAUUCAAGGUUUGUUAGAAGUGUAACUCUUAUUGAUACAGGACUAAAACCAGCCUUACCUUUGUGGUUUUUGAACAUACCUGUGGUUGAUGAAAUUGUGUUGAGGUUUACAUUUGUGUAUGCAAGGUUGAUAAAAUUGUGUUGCUCGAAGGGGAUUGGUUGGUCUGAGUUGGAGGCACAUAGAGUGCUAUUGAAGGGAUGGGAUGCAAGAAGAGCGGUUGUAGGGAUAGGGAAAAAGUUAAAUUAUAGUUUUGAUAUUGAAGAAUGGAGUGGUUUGGAUGGUAUAAAAGGUAUGCCAAUGCAGGUAGUUUGGUCUAAUAGUUGGUCGGACGAAUGGAGCAAAGAGGGUGGACGAAUUGCUGAGGCACUUCCAGGAGCAAAAUUUGUCACUCAUUCUGGAGGGCGAUGGCCUCAGGAAGAUGCUGCUGGUGAACUAGCUGAGAAUGUAGCUCAAUUUGUGUCUUCAUUGCCAAAAACAGUUAGACAAGUUGAGGAAGAGCCCAUUCCUGAGCAUAUUCAGAAGAUGUUUGAUGAAGCAAAAGGCACUGACCAUCAUCAUCAUCAUCAUCAUGGUCAUGGUCAUGGCCACAGUGCCCAUGGGCACGACCAUGCUCACGCAGCUGGUUUUAUGGAUGCAUACGGUCUUGGUCACACUUGGGGCAGUUAAUCUGUUUCUUUCUAUUUUAAUCAACCAGAUUAAAGUUAGAGAUUAGAUCUAGCUGUGCCGCUACCCGCAUGUGGUAUUCUAUGCCGCUUUUGAGAUACUUAUUGUUGUCCAUGAUUCUUCUACUAAAUUGUAAUCCUAAAAGCAUGUUUUCUGCAAGCUUGCUAGACUUAUAUAUUUUCCAAUUAAGAAAGAAAGGUUUAUAUUAGUUCUAACCUUUGCAACAAUAUACUAACUAAAAAAUCAAGCCAAUAAGGUACUGAUUGUUGUUACGAUGAUACCAUGG